ACGAAUUUCGUGAACUGAACUUCAUUCUGUAUAGUUCCGCCAGCAGAAAAUUAACUGAACGAUAUGCAGGCCUUCCGGACGAAAUUCCUUCUGAAAAUAACACAGGAUUCAUCUAAAUUAACACCAAAGUUAACGUACUGUGCAGUCGCAAAUAGACUUAAAAUAGAGAAACAAAUUCAGGAGACUAAAGAGAAAGCCCUCCUAGGGGGUGGACAAAAUAGAAUUGACGCGCAACAUAAGAAGGGAAAAUUAACUGCAAGAGAGCGGAUUGAUCUUUUCGCCGAUCCCGGAUCUUUCAUCGAAUAUGAUAUGUUCAUGGAACAUACGUGCACUGAUUUUGGGAUGGAAUUGCAAAAAUUCCCUGGAGAUUCUGUGAUAACAGGUCACUGUUUAGUGAAUGGAAGACCAAUUUAUGUAUUUAGUCAAGAUUUUACUGUAUUCGGUGGUAGUUUAUCGAGUACUCAUUCGAAGAAGAUUUGUAAAAUAAUGGAUCAAGCAAUGGCAGUUGGUGUUCCAAUUGUAGGAUUGAACGAUUCAGGAGGUGCGCGUAUUCAAGAAGGGUUGGACUCUUUAGCAGGAUAUGCGGAUAUCUUUCAGAGGAACGUCUUAGCCUCAGGUGUUAUACCACAAAUAUCUUUAAUUAUGGGUCCAUGUGCCGGCGGUGCCGUUUAUUCCCCUGCACUAACGGAUUUCACUUUCAUGGUCGAAGAUACUUCCUUUCUAUUCGUCACAGGCCCAGAUGUAGUCAAAUCUGUAACUAAUGAAGACGUAACUCAAGAAAAGUUGGGCGGUGCUCACACGCAUACAACCGUGUCCGGUGUUGCGCACAAAUCUUUCAAAAACGAUAUCGAUGCUUUAAUACAGUUACGAUAUUUCCUAGGAUUCUUGCCGCAAUCUAAUUCACAGCCAAUUCCAGUAAUUGCAUGCGACGAUCCUUGCGAUAAAGACGUUCCUAUCUUAGAUACAAUAAUUCCGUUGAAAACUAUUGAACCGUACGAUAUGCUUGAUGUCAUUUUGAGUAUCAUAGAUGAACGGGACUUCUUCCAGAUUAUGCCUAACUACGCUAAAAAUAUUAUUGUUGGAUUUGCUAGGAUGAAUGGAAAAACUGUAGGCGUUGUUGGGAAUCAACCAAAAGUUGCUGCAGGUUGCUUAGAUAUUGAUGCUUCAAUCAAAGCAGCGCGUUUUGUGCGAUUUUGCGAUGCUUUCAAUAUACCUUUGAUAACAUUGGUGGAUGUACCCGGUUUCUUACCGGGUGUUCAUCAGGAAGCCUCAGGAAUUAUUAGGCACGGAGCAAAAUUGUUGUACGCUUACGCCGAGGCAACAGUUCCCAAAUUGACAGUUAUUACAAGGAAGGGAUACGGCGGGGCUUACGAUGUAAUGUCUUCAAAGCAUUUAAGGGGUGACGUGAAUUACGCUUGGCCAACUGCCGAAUUGGCAGUGAUGGGUGCCAAAGGGGCGGUUUCCGUUUUAUACAGAGGCAAGGAAAAUGCCGAUAAAUAUGAAGCUGAAUAUAACAACACGUUCGGAAAUCCUUUCCACGCCGCUAAACGAGGCUUCAUCGAUGACGUCAUAGAACCAAGAACAACUAGAUGGAGAUUGUGCAGAGAUCUUGAUGUACUCGCCACUAAGAAAAUGACUAAUCCACCAAGAAAACAUGGGAAUAUGCCGUUGUAAAGAAAAAAUGCGGGUUAC